AUGGGACCUCCACCUGAUCGUUUGCCUCCAUGGUACAACCCAAAUACGCAUUGUCCUUUUCAUGAGGGUUCCCCCAGGUAUGACCUAGAGGGUUGCUAUGCUUUAAGGCAUAGGGUUCGUGAGUUGAUCGAUAGCAAGAUUUUGUCUUUUAGGGAUAUGGGACCAAACGUGAAGAAUAAACCUCUUCCCCCCCAUGGAGACCCUACAGUGAACGCGAUUAAAGAUGCCUCUGAUGGUGUUACGGUUGAGAAGGUUGAUGAUGUUAAGACUCCUUUGGCAGCAUUCCACGCUCGAUUGAUGGAAGCUGGCCUGAUUGAUGUUUGUCAUGACAGCUGUGAAGAUAUUGCGAAGAAUGAAGAUGUGUCAGUAAUUGAACCUUGUUUCAAUUUAGCUGAACCGGUUGAAAUCCCUUACUAUAGUAGGAGAGUGGUACCUGCGAAUAGUCAUCCGUCACCUAUUGAGAUAUGUAUGCCUACGCCAUUUCCAUAUGAAAGCACCGAGGUUGUGCCUUGGAAAUAUGAGAUUACCGUUGUGGACAAGAUUGUUGAAGGAAGUGAAGAUGGUGAAGUGAUGGAAACAAUGAAUGAAGACACCACCAAUAUUGCAGGAAUGAGCGGAAUGACCCGUAGUGGUCGAAUCUAUAUGCCUGUAUUCAAUGUGACUCCUUUAGUACCAGCCAAGGAAUCUACAGUUAUAGCUCUUGCUAAAGAACCCGAAGUGGUCCAAUCUAAAGAUGAUGUUAAAUUCUCGAAGUUGAUCAAGAGAAGUGAUUAUAAAGUUGUGGAUCAGCUGCAUCAAACACCAUAUAAGAUUUCUAUUUUUUCUCUACUAUUGAACUCCCAAGCCCAUAGGGAGGCUUUGUUGAAGGUUCUUGCCCAAGCUCAUGUAACACAAAGCAUAACAGUAGACCAGUUUGAUGGGGUGGUUGCAAAUAUCACAGCUUGCAAUGCUUUAAGCUUUAAUGGAGAGGAAUUACUUGAAGAUGGACAAAAUUACAAUCGUGCUCUCCAUAUCUCGGUAAAGUGCAAAGAUGAUGCUUUGGCAAGAGUUUUGGUUGAUACCAGAUCUUCUUUGAAUGUAAUGCCAAAGAGAACACUUGCCAAGUUAUCUUAUCAAGGACCAGCUAUGAAGCCCAGUGCCUUGAUAGUGAAAGCUUUUGAUGCUGCUUAUUGGGGCGUCCCUGGAUUCAUGCUACAGGGGCAGUUACCUCCACUUUACAUCAGAAAAUGA